AUGACUGAUAGUGUGUAAGCAAUUUAAGAAAGUUACACAAGAAUCAAGUUACUUAAUAAUGACAUUUAAAUAAAAGAUUAAACAAUUAAUUUAUUACAAGAGAGGUUAUUAGAAAUGGAAGAUUAAAUGAAUUAAGCAAUAAAAUAAAAAGAUUAUGCGGAUCGUUAAUUUUAAAUUUUAUAGGAUGAACAUGAUUAAAUGUUUGAAAAUUAAUAAAGGAAAACAAAGUAAUUGUAAUAGUUUAAUUAAUAAUUAUUGGUUGCUUUAAAAGAAGUAUAAGAUAAAAAUUAAGAAUUAUUAGAGUAAGUGUAAUAUUAAAGUUAAGAAAUUUAAUCUAAAGAAUAGUCAUUAUCAGAAUUGACUGAUUAGAUAGCAAUGAUAAAAGAUGCAGUAAAGGGAUUAGAAGAAGAAUUAUCAUAAUUAACAAAGAAAAAUUAAUAAUUAAAAAAAGAAAAAUAAGAUGGUGAAUAAUAAAUGAGAUAGAUAAUUGCUGAAAAGAAUAAAUUUGAAAGCAAUAUAACUAAUAUGUUGAAGUAAUUAGAAACAGAAAAUGAUUUAUUAAAAUAAGAAUUAGAAGAUUAUAGAACAAGAUUGGAAUAGUAACAUUAAGAAUUAGUUGAAUUAAAAUAUGUUAAAAUAUAAUUUGAAGAUUUAGAGAAGAAAAAUAAUUAAUUAAAUGAACAAUAUAAUAUUUAAAUAUAAACUGCUAUGGAAUGUGAAAAGAAUUAUUCAUUAUAAUUUGAUGAAAUGAAUAAAGCAAAUGAGAAAUUUAGAAAAUAAUGUGAAAUUUUUAAUGAACAAUAUGAAUAAUAAAAAGAAUAUAAUUAAACAAUUGAAAAUUAAAAUUAAGAAUUUUCAAAAUUAUUUAGUUAUGUUUAAAAUUAAAUAGAUGAAAUUAUGUCAGAAUGUUUUUCAAUUAAUAAAAGUUAUAUUCCUUAAGAUCCAAUAUUUGAAAGUAAAAAAUCUUAAAAUUCUAAUAAAUACUCAAGUUAAAAAAAGAAAAAAAAAAAUAAUUACAAUAUAUCAUAAAUUGAAGAUUUUUUUGUUGAUAUUAAAGAUAUUUUAAUGGAUUUAAUUGAAUCUAAUUCACAUUUAAAAGAAGAAAAAGAUUAAAUUAGUUAAAAUAUUCUUGAAAUGCAUAAAGUUGGUGAAUAACUUAAAUUAAAAUUUGAUUAAUUAAAUUAAGAAUAUUCAAAAACUAAAGAAAAAUUAUAAUAAGAACAUAAAUCUAUAUUUGAAUAAUAAAAUGAUAAAAUUAAUUAACUUUAAGAUGCUUUAUAGUAAUAAAAUCUAUAAGCUUAAUAAGAUAAUUAAUAUAUUAAUUCAUUAAUUGAUAAAUGUUAUCAUUAUGAUCAAUCAUUUCAAUCAUAUGAACAAUAAAUUUAAUAAUCCAAAUGGUAAACAUAAAAUAUUGUUUAAGAAUUUGAAGAAUUAAAGAAUGACCAUAAUCAAUUAAAAUCUGAAUUUUCAGAAUUAUAAGUAAGAAAAGCUAUUUCUCAAAAUAAAGUUGCUUUAAGUUAUAGUGUAAUUUCACAUUUAUUAUAAAAUGAAAAAACAAUAAAGACUUUCUCAUAAUUUAUAUAAUAUUCAAAUUAUUUGCAUUAUUUUGUUUUAAUGAGAAAUGAAUUUAAAAGCAAUAGCAAUCACAUUUAUAAACGAUUUAGAAGAGCAGUAUAUGCUGUCAUUUUUGUUUAGAAAAUUAGAUAUUCAAUACUUCCUUCAAAUGAAAAAAAUUAAUUAAAUUUUGAUAAAAAUGAAGAAUUAGAUAUGGUUUUAGAAAAGUAUAUCCCAAUUUUUCAUAGUUUAGAAGAUGGAUAAGCAGUAGAAUUCAAUGCAUUUGAAAAAAUGAUAAAAGAUAUGAAAAUUUAAGUUAAUAAAUACAAUUAUAGAAGUUAAAUUAGAUCAACUAAUUCAUAGUAAUAUUUCUAAUUGCUUAAUUUAGCUAAAGAAGAUAUAUAAAAGAAAAAUUCAUUUAAUUAACAAAUUGAUUAUUAUAAAAAAUAAUUAAACACUUUCUAAAAUAAGAUCUCUUAAUUAGAUUAAUAUGUAUUAUAAUUAGAAUAAGAUUUAAAGGAGAAAACAAAUGAAUAAAAAAAAUAAAGCUACUCAUAACAAUCUGAAGAAAAAUAAGUUAGUAAAUAUAGAAUUGAACCUCCCUCUCCUAUUAAAAAUAAUCUCUCAACUGUACUUUAAAAUGAAUUAACAUAAAUUCUUAGUAAAAAAUCAACUCUAUAGAAUAAAGCUGGAUAAAUAGUUAAAUAAGGUUUUUGA